AUGGAUAAAGUAUUUUUAUUGUUGUUUGUGUUGGUGUUCUUUAUAUCGUGUGCUUCUACAGCUAGAUACGUACCUAAAUGGAAAAAACAGGCAUGUGAAAUCCCGUCCGCGCAGAACGAACAUUCUCACUACGUCUGCACAGACGACGGAGAAGUGAAAUGUCUUCCGGGUUGGACUGGCGAUCUCUGCGACGUGCCGAAAUGCCGACCAGGAUGUGAUCCCCUGCAAGGCUAUUGCAACAGGCCGGGUGAAUGCUUGUGCAAGCUGGGCUACUACGGCGACAAGUGCAAUAAGUGCAUUCCACUUCCUGGGUGCCAGCACGGCUAUUGCAAUGUCAGCUUCGAAUGUAUCUGUCACGAAGGGUGGGAUGGAUUGUUUUGCUCCGAGCCAAUUUGUAGAUCUGAUUGUCACGCAACAAGAGGAUAUUGUGAUAGUCCUGGAGAUUGCAGGUGCAGGUUGGGUUGGUCUGGAAAAACAUGCAAAGAUUGCCAGGUUUUACCAGGAUGCAUUCAUGGUUACUGUGAGAAACCGCUCGAAUGUAAAUGUUUACCUGGAUUCACAGGAAUAUUAUGCCAGACUCCGAUUUGUUCAAAGACGUGCCAUAAAGAUCGAGGCUAUUGCAGGAAACCUGGCGAAUGUAGGUGCAAGGUGGGAUGGUGGGGCAAGAAUUGUGAAAAGUGCUUUGCCUACCCCGGAUGUGUCCAUGGAACAUGCAAUCGUCCAUGGGAAUGUAAUUGCAAGAAAGGGUGGGGUGGAAUGCUGUGCGAUGAAGAAUUGAACUACUGCGAGAAGAAUGCCAGCACGUGCAAAAACGGGGCAAAAUGUAUAUCUUUAAUAAAGGAAGAUGGAAGUUACAAAUGCCUGUGCAGAGAAGGCACAUACGGGAGAAAUUGCGAGGAUUCUGAUAUAUUUACAGUGAAACCAAUAACACCAAAUUCUACUAUUGUAGAAACUUCUACAUUGAAACCAAUUUACGUCAACAUUAGCGACACAAACGUCGAAGAUAAACCAACUUUAUCUUCUAACGUUACUAAGCUGCGACCAGUAUUAUCAGAUAACGAAACUUAGCCUUUUAAAUGAUUUUGGUGAUAAUUGGGGGAAUAUUUAUUUAUUAUUUAUUAUAUAUUUAUUUUGCCAUUUAUUAUUUAUUUUAUAAAUAUA